CAGCCAGUGUGGUGUGUUCCUUGUGUUUCCCUGAGAAGUUAUCAGAGGACAGUCCUGCUCUGUGACGAGCUGCUGCCAGAAUCUUAGGAAAACUUUCCGUUCCUGCUCCGGUGCAGUCAAUCAGAGGGAUAGAAAAUGAGUGCUGAUGGGGAAAUGGUGAUUUUCGGGCCUGCAGCCCAGUACCUCCGUAAGUCUGAGAAGGAGCGAACAGAGGCCCAGAACCACCCGUUUGACAGCAAGACGGCCUGCUUCGUAAGUGACGAGAAAGAGCUGUACGUGAAGGCCAAGGUGCAGGACAGAGCUGAGGGCAAAGUCACAGUGAAGACCAUCGAUGACAGAACUGUGGUGGUCAGGGAGGACCAGGUGUUUCCCAUGAACCCCCCUAAGUUUGAUAAGAUUGAAGACAUGGUGAUGAUGACACACCUGCAUGAACCUGCGGUGCUUUUCAACCUGAAGGAGCGAUACGCAGCAUGGAUGAUCUAUACCUACUCUGGACUCUUCUGUGUCACCGUUAAUCCUUACAAAUGGCUGCCGGUUUACAACCCAGAAGUGGUCCAGGCCUAUAGGGGGAAGAAGAGGAUGGAGGUCCCCCCUCACAUCUUCGCCCUAUCUGACAAUGCCUACCAGUUCAUGCUGACAGAUCGAGAGAAUCAGUCGAUUCUCAUCACCGGAGAAUCUGGCGCCGGUAAAACCGUCAACACCAAACGGGUCAUUCAGUAUUUCGCAACCAUCGCGGUUCCCACUGACAAGAAGAAAGAGGCCAACGGCAAAAUCAAGGGGACUCUGGAGGAUCAGAUCAUCCAGGCCAACCCACUGCUGGAGGCGUUCGGGAAUGCCAAGACUGUGAGGAAUGACAACUCGUCUCGUUUCGGUAAAUUUAUCAGAAUCCACUUCGGUGCGACCGGUAAACUGGCCUCUGCCGACAUCGAAACCUAUCUGCUGGAAAAAUCCCGUGUGACCUUCCAGCUGGCAGCUGAGCGAAGUUAUCAUAUCUUUUAUCAGCUCACCUGCAACAAGAAGCCGGAACUUAUCGAUAUGCUCCUCAUCACCACCAACCCCUUUGACUUCGCCUUCAUCAGUCAGGGAGAAAUCAGCGUGACGAGCAUCAACGACGCCGAGGAGCUGCUGGCUACAGACGAGGCGUUUGAUAUUCUGGGCUUCUCAGCUGAGGAGAAAACGUCUGCCUACAAGCUGACUGGCGCCGUGAUGCAUUAUGGGAACAUGAAGUUCAAACAGAAGCAGCGGGAGGAGCAGGCCGAGCCCGACGGCACUGAGGAGGCUGAUAAAGCUGCGUAUCUGAUGGGCCUGAACUCUGCAGACCUGCUGAAGAACCUGUGUUAUCCCAGAGUGAAGGUUGGAAAUGAGUUUGUUACCAAAGGACAAAAUGUUCAGCAGGUUUACAACUCCAUCGGCGCUCUGGCAAAAUCUGUGUAUGAGAAGAUGUUCCUGUGGAUGGUUCUACGAAUCAACCAGCAACUCGACACCAAACAACCCAGACAGCAUUUUAUUGGAGUUCUGGACAUCGCUGGCUUUGAGAUCUUUGAUUACAACAGCAUGGAGCAGCUUUGCAUUAACUUCACUAACGAGAAGCUGCAGCAGUUUUUCAACCAUCACAUGUUCGUCCUGGAGCAAGAGGAGUACAAGAAGGAAGGGAUCGAGUGGGAGUUCAUUGACUUUGGCAUGGACCUGGCCGCCUGCAUCGAACUCAUCGAAAAGCCCAUGGGAAUCUUCUCCAUCCUGGAAGAGGAAUGCAUGUUCCCCAAAUCCACAGACGCGUCCUUCAAAAACAAGCUGUACGACCAACAUCUGGGCAAGAACAGCUGCUUCCUGAAGCCCAAAGUGGUGAAGGGGAAGCCCGAGGCCCACUUCACGUUGGUGCACUAUGCCGGCAACGUGGACUACAAUAUCACCGGCUGGCUGGUGAAGAACAAAGACCCCCUGAAUGAAUCAGUGGUCCAACUUUACCAGAAGUCUUCAAACAAAACACUGGCCAUGCUGUAUGCAAGCUUCUCUGGAACAGACGAGGCAGCUGGAGGAGGAAGCAAAAAGGGCUCAAAGAAGAAGGGAGCAUCUUUCCAAACAGUGUCAGCUCUGUUCAGGGAGAACCUUGGGAAGCUCAUGACCAACCUGAGAACCACUCAUCCUCACUUUGUUCGCUGCUUGAUACCAAACGAGACCAAAACCCCAGGAACGAUGGAGAACUCUCUGGUCAUCCACCAGCUUCGAUGUAACGGUGUGCUGGAAGGAAUCCGGAUCUGCAGGAAAGGAUUCCCCAGCAGAAUCCUUUACGGGGACUUCAAGCAGAGGUACAGGAUUCUUAACGCCAGCGCCGUGCCUGAAGGACAGUUCAUGGACAACAAGAAGGCUGCGGAGAAGCUGCUGAACUCCAUCGACGUGGAUCACACCCAGUACAAGUUUGGACACACAAAGGUGUUCUUUAAAGCCGGCCUGCUGGGGGCUCUGGAGGAGAUGAGGGACGAGCGGUUAGCUCAGGUGGUCAUGUCCACUCAGGCUCUGUGUCGCGGUUACCUCGUCCGCCUGGAGUACCAGAAGAUGGUGGCCAGAAAGGAGGCCAUCUACACGCUCCAGUAUAAUCUCCGCUCCUUUAUGAACGUCAAACACUGGCCCUGGAUGAAGCUCUACUUCAAGCUGAAGCCUCUUCUGAAGAGCGCCGAGGCCGAGAAGGAGAUGGCCCAGAUGAAGGUGGAUUUCACCAAACUCAAGGAGGACCUGGCCAAAUCCGAGAACCGGCGGAGGGAGCUGGAGGAGAAGAUGGUCUCCAUCAUUCAAGAGAAAAACGAUCUCCUGCUUCAAGUCCAGGCGGAAGCCGACAACCUCCUCGAUGCAGAGGAGAGGUGUGAAGGGCUCAUCAAAAGCAAGAUCCAGCUGGAGGCCAAGCUGAAGGAGGUGACAGAGAGGCUGGAGGACGAGGAGGAGGUGAACGCUGAGCUGACCGCCAAGAAGAGGAAACUGGAGGACGAGUGCGCCGAGCUGAAGCGGGACAUCGACGACGUGGAGCUGACGUUGGCCAAAGUGGAGAAGGAGAAACACGCUGUGGAAAACAAGGUGAAGAAWCUGACUGAGGAGAUCUUGAGUCAAGACGAAAACAUCUCCAAACUGUCCAAAGAGAAGAAAGCUCUGCAGGAGGCCCACCAGCAGCUGCUGGACGACCUGCAGUCGGAGGAGGACAAAACAAACUCUCUGACCAAAGCUAGAACCAAACUGGAGCAGCAGGUGGACGAGCUGGAGGGGGCGCUGGAACAAGAGAAGAAGGUCCGCAUGGACCUGGAGAGAGCCAAGAGGAAGCUGGAGGGGGACCUGAAACUGGGCCAGGAGUCCAUCAUGGAUCUGGAGAAUGAGAAGCAGCAGCUGGAUGAAAAACUGAAGAAGAAAGAUUUUGAGCUGUCACAACUGCAGACCAAGAUAGAAGAUGAACAAUCUCUCAGUGCUCAGCUUCAGAAGAAGAUCAAAGAGCUUCAGGCCAGAAUCGAGGAGCUGGAGGAAGAAAUCGAGUCUGAGCGCUCAUCUCGAGCCAAAGUGGAGAAGCAGAGGUCCGACUUGUCCAGAGAGCUGGAGGAGAUCACCGAGAGGCUGGAGGAGGCCGGAGGAGCCACCGCCGCUCAGGUAGAGAUGAACAAGAAGCGCGAGGCCGAGUUCCAGAAGCUGCGCCGGGACCUGGAGGAGCUGUCCCUGCAGCACGAGGGAACGUCGGCCGCCCUGCGUAAGAAACACGCCGACAGCGUGGCGGAGAUGGGAGAGCAGCUCGAUAACAUCCAGAGGGUCAAGCAGAAGCUGGAGAAGGAGAAGAGCGAGCUGAGGCUGGAGCUGGACGACUUAUCCAGCAACAUGGAAACCACGGCCAAGGCCAAGGUCAACCUGGAGAAGAUGUGUCAUUCACUUGAAGAUCAGCUGAGCGAGGUGAAAAGCAAAGAGGACGAGCAUCUGAGACUCAUAAACGACCUGUCGAGUCAGAAAGCUCGACUGACCACCGAACACGCGGAGAUGGCUCGCCAGCUGGAGGAGAAGGAGUCCUUAAUGUCCCAGCUGACCCGAGCAAAGCAGGCCUUCAUUCAGCAGAUGGAGGAGCUGAAACGGCUUCACGAAGAGGAGGUGAAGGCCAAAAACGCCUUGGCUCACAGUCUGCAGUCGUCUCGUCACGACUGUGAGCUCCUCAGAGAGCAGUAUGAGGAGGAGCAGGAAGCGAAAGCCGAGCUGCUCCGCUGCCUGUCCAAGGCCAACAGCGAGGUCGCUCAGUGGAGAACCAAAUACGAGACGGACGCCAUCCAACGGACCGAGGAGCUCGAGGAGGCCAAGAAGAAGCUGGCGCUGCGUCUGCAGGACGCCGAGGAAGCUGUGGAGGCCGUCAACUCAAAGUGCUCCUCGCUGGAGAAAACCAAACAUCGGCUGCAGGGAGAAGUGGAGGACUUAAUGAUGGACAUGGAGAGGUCCAACUCUGCUGCUGCUGCUUUGGACAAGAAGCAGAGGAACUUUGACAAGGUUGUGUCAGAGUGGAAGCAGAAACACGAGGAGGGUCAAGCAGAGCUGGAGUCGGCUCUAAAAGAGGUCCGCUCUCUGGGAACGGAGAACUUCAAGAUGAAGAACGCCUUCGAAGAAUGUCUGGAACAACUCGAGACGCUGAAACGGGAGAACAAAAACCUGCAACAGGAAAUAAUGGAUCUCACCGAGCAGCUGGGAGAGACGAACAAAUCCAUCCACGAACUGGAAAAGUCAAAGAAACAAGCUGAGCAGGAGAAGCUGGAAACCCAGGCAGCUCUGGAGGAAGCAGAGGCCUCUCUGGAGCACGAGGAGUCCAAGAUCCUGAGGGUCCAGCUGGAGCUGAACCAGAUGAAGUCCGAGGUGGACAAGAAGAUAGCGGAGAAGGACGAGGAGGUGGAGCAGCUGAAGAGGAGCAGCCAAAGAGCCGUCGACACCAUGCAGAGUCAUUUGGAUGCUGAAGUCCGGAGCAGAAACGACGCCCUGAGAGUGAAGAAGAAGAUGGAGGGCGACCUGAACGAGAUCGAGGUCCAGCUGAGCCACGCCAACAGGCAGGCAGCUGAAGCUCAGAAACAGCUGAGGAACAUCCAGGUUCAGCUGAAGGAGGCUCAGAUCCACCUGGACGAUGUGUUGAGGAGCAACGAUGACCUGAAGGAGCAGGCCGCCGUGACCGAGCGCAGAAACAACCUCCUGCAGGCCGAGGUGGAGGAGAUCCGAGCAGCACUGGAGCAAACCGAGAGGAGCCGCAAGCUCGCCGAGCAGGAGCUGCUAGACGCCAGCGAGAGAGUUCAGCUGCUUCAUGCACAGAACACCAGCCUGCUGAACAGCCGCAAGAAGCUGGAGGCCGACCUGUCUCAGAUCCAGAGUGAGAUGGACGACAGCCUCCAAGCAGCGAGGAACGCUGAGGAGAAAGCAAAGAAGGCCAUCACUGAUGCUGCCAUGAUGGCCGAGGAGCUGAAGAAAGAGCAGGACACCAGCACUCACCUGGAGAGGAUGAAGAAGAACCUGGAGGCGACGGUCAAGGACCUGCAGCAGCGUCUGGACGAAGCUGAGAACCUGGCCAUGAAGGGCGGCAAGAAGCAGCUCCAAAAGCUGGAAGCGAGGGUGCGAGAGCUGGAGACGGAGCUUGAAGCAGAACAAAAACACGGCUCAGAAUUGGUGAAAGGUGUGCGCAAGCUGGAGCGCAGGAUCAAAGAAGUCACCUAUCAGUGUGAGGAGGACAGGAAGACCAUGCUGAGGCUGCAGGAGCUCGUGGACAAACUGCAGCUCAAAGUUAAAGUCUACAAGCGUCAGGCCGAAGAGGCUGAAGAGCAGGCCAACGUUCACCUGACUAAACUGAGGAAGGUGCAGCACGAGCUGGAGGAGGCUGAGGAGCGAGCCGACAUUGCUGAAUCCCAGAUCAAUAAGAUGAAAGUCAAAAGUCGGGACGUGGGCAAGGCUAAAGACAGCGGAGAGUGAUCAGGACUGACUGCAGCAGAGACAUAAAUACCUGCUGUGUUUGAACUGAGCUAGUCUGCAACAUACUCUUAACCUAAAGUACCUUUUUUAAAGUCACUUUCUGCAUUUAGGUUUUAAAAUUAUAUUUUAAAUCCUAUCCCUUUUUUUACAAAAAUAAUCCGUUACAAAGCUGUUUUCUACCACUAGAGGGCACCAAAGUACAGCAGUUCUUUUAUAAUUUGACGCAUUGUGACUUUAAAAAUGUAUCUUAGCAUAUUGYGUGUGCGUGUGAUAGCGGCUGUAUGUUGCCUUAACUCAA